AAUGCUAUGGAUGGAAACGUAUCUUUUCUAUUGUUCCGUGCGUUUGGGUCUCAUAGUGGUGGCAGCAUUUGCAAUUAUUCAGGUAUUCAUACCGGCAAUUUUGCUGCUUUCAAUGGGCAUGGACUUGCUGGAUCCAGUAAUAAAACUAUUCCAAAAUGAUGAUCAACAUGGCGAAAAUCGUGUGGUACUAAAAAUUUUAAACUGGGUCGAAAAUCAUGCCCAAGGAUUUACAGCUACAGCUGUUACUUUUGUAGCAGUACAUAUAAUUUGGUGUAUUCUGGCAAUUUUCGGUGCAUUGAAGCUUAAGAAAUGGUUUUUACUUCCCUUCAUGAUCAGCGAGUUUAUACGUGUGAUGCAGGCCUGCGCUACGCAUAUCAUUCUGAUGAUUAUCUUGAAGAAGAAACUAAAUUUAGGCAUCUUGAUCGCCUUAACCUUGCUGGGUGGUUUCCUUAUAUUAUACCUUGGCUACAAUUGGGCCACCAGUGUUGCUCUCUUUCAAAUCAUCGAACUCGUACACACUGCACGCUAUCGCAAACUCUAUGGUGAUGAUCCAUUCAAUCCGCAAAUACCGCCAAGCUAUGCAAAUGCUUCGCUACAACAUGCCUAUGGUACAGUAGAGAAUGUGCGCGUGCUGGUCACACCAAGUAGCGGUGAUAUUGAUGAGCAGAAACGACGGCAAGGCAAAGCGUUGACAGUGAAGGCCACAGCCAUGCCAGUAAUCGCGGUUUUACCUGCAAAUUAUAGAAAUUCGCGUGCACCACAAUUGCAAAAGAAGCAACGCAAUUCUGCACAACAGCCACAAUUGCAACCACAAGCUUACAAGACAUAUGAGUCAGAACAGAAUGAGUACAAUGCUGAAUUUAAUAAUUGGCAAUGGUCGGAGUUAAUGGUCGGAAGACAACGAAAGGCGAUGAUGAUUAAGCCGAAUUGGUGA